ACAGAAGCACAAUUCCAAUUGGAUAGACAAUAUUCUGUAUACAAACAUUUUAAAGUUUGAUUUUAGUGAGUUAAUUCAAAUUGUUUACCUGUUUACUUGUGAAGCAAAACUACUCAUCUGGCUCAGCGAUAAUUAUGGAGCCAACAUCUUCGACGAAUCCCAUGGCGAAUGACUCGGAGUGCAAUCAAGUUGACACCACGACCAAAGAUUCGGAAAAGAUAAAAGGAACCGUCGAUUCCAAAAAUCAAACUUUCCUACGUCAUCUGAAUACUGCUUUCCAGAACAUCAGUCCACAGUUGCCAGAGCACAUACUAAAUGCUACUUAUGUCAUCAAUUACAAACCGUCUGAGGUUGAAAAGUUCGUGAAUGACUAUGCCGUUAAGUCGGAGGAAUCUGUAUAUCGGAAGAUGCAGGACAAUCCUGAUUUUGUGAAGGCCACCAACUGGUGUAAAAUUAUGCACACCGCCGGGAUGAGGAAUACGAGCAACAAAGAACUUCCACUGGCGCUGAAAACGAUUGCCGUGACGGAACGAUUUCCGCCUCCAAGCCAGGCUAAAGGUGUCAACUUCAAACAGUUGUACAUGAACCUUUCGAACAUGAUGCUCGGGUAUCCGGUGCAUGAAAUGAACGCAGCGACAGCAAAAGUUCUGAAAGAUGUCUAUGAGGAAACAGUGGCAGAACUCAAACGGGCCGAUGUCAGCGACUUCGCGGAAACAGUUUGGAGCCAAAAUUUUCUCAACUCGGAACCAUCCACGACCGAAAAUCUCAGCCAUGAGGGACCGGCAGCCUUUUUCACCGAUCGUAAUCUGAACCCGAUGCAGAUCCCGUUUGACAAACUGUUCUACUCAACCAAGGCAAAUGAGGGAUCAUUCGUUUCGGCGUUGAUUCAAAAGACUGAACAAUAAAUAAAACACUCCAUUCACAGUA